AUGGCGCCGGGCUUGGAUUUCAAUGCGCUGAAGGCGCGCACGAUGGGUUCGGGAAACGACGAAGAGGCUGUGACGGUCGACACGAGAGGCUUGAUCUCUAAAGUCCUGGCUCGGUAUUCAGGGAAAUGGACGGUCUUACGAGAGAUGAUCCAAAACGCCGCCGAUGCGAAUGCCACGAAAGUCACGAUCAAAUUUGAGACGCUACCAUCUGUAACUGUGCCGUUGCCUUCUCCCGCCGACGACACGACGCUACUCAAGCAUACAAUUUCGCAUCAUACUUUGAAGCGCCUCUUGGUAUCAAACAACGGUCUUCCGUUCAGCGAAAAGGAUUGGGCACGAUUAAAACGAAUUGCGGAUGGGAAUCCUGACGAGACCAAGAUCGGCGCGUUCGGCGUCGGGUUCUACAGUGUUUUCGAUGACUGUGAAGAGCCGUUCGUAUCAUCCGGGAAGGAUGCGAUGGCAUUUUAUUGGAAAGGGAAUGCGCUCUUUACCCGUCGGUUGCAACUAGAUGACACCUCAGGGAACCCUGAAACGACGUUUGUUCUGGAUUAUCGCAAUGACACAUCCCCUAUUCCCUCUCUAAUGCAGCUCUGUCAAUUCUUGUCCAGCAGCCUGACAUUCGUCAGUCUUGAGAGUAUAGAGCUAUGGCUAGAUGACUGGAAUCUCUUGAAACUCACCAAGAAGACCGCUCCAAGCGUCAGUCUUGCUAUUCCGCGGGACAUCGAGACAAAGACUCCCCAAGGCCUGAUGAAGAUCACAAAUGUCACGCGAGAAGUCGCGCAAGUGGAUGCCUCUUGGAUGCGGGUUGUUGAAUGGAACCCCAACGCCAGUGUAUUUCGCGAAGGCCUCAGGGAUACGGCAGGAUCGUUGCGGACCUUUUUCUCUCGGCUCACGGGUCAAAAUACGCAAGAGAAGAAUCCAGCAAAGCCUGAGAACCCCGAGCCGUCAGUCAACAAUACCGCUGAAGAACUGAACGGUAAUGCAACGGCAUCGGUCUUCUUACACAUCAACACUGCGAGCCUUCAAUCUUCUAUUAGCCAGUCCUUGAGCAACGAGCUCGAACGAGCCACUCGGAAGCCUCCGCCUAAGAAGUCGACGCUGGCCGUGCUGACUCCUUCCUAUGAUACAAGCAUCGCAUCUGGGCAGGCCGGGUUCCAGUCAUCAGAGGUGCUGGCCUCAAUUCUUCCAUCGAAAGCUGGGCGAAUUUUUAUAGGCUUUCCCACCCAGCAGACCACCGGACUGAACGCACACAUCUCUGCUCCCUCCGUCAUCCCCACAGUCGAGCGUGAGAGCAUCGAUCUCAAUACCCGCUAUAUCAGCAAGUGGAACCUGGAAAUGCUCAGGGCGGCGGGGAUUGUCUGUCGAAUUGCCUGGUCCGCAGAAAUGGCGUCGAUCAGGUCCAAAGUUCACUCAUCACACCCUUCCAAAAUCCGCAAGGAAGAUAUUGCUGGAGUGUUGCCCGAGGCCAUCCACACCGCGAAUCAGUUUGUCUUCCGCGAGUCGACGCCGUCUUCUCUUCUAGGACAAACGAUCGAGGAUUCAUUUUGGACGUGCAACAAGAAUGCCUCCAUAGACGUGCUAUCGACAUGCGGCGUCAUUCAAAGUCACCAGGCGCGAAUCGCGCCCAAAGACCUGAGCUUCAUGGAUUCGAUCCCUGUUCUACCAGAUGAGUUCGUCGGCGGCGCGAAGGACUUUGUCCGAAAGCUGACCGAUUUUGGACUGGUGACUGACGUUACUGUAUCUGAUAUCAAGCGGGAAUUAGAAGCCAGCACGCUGCGGUCAAACCAGGUCGUCGAGUUUCUCUCUUGGCUAGGUCGAAGGGCCGCUUCAGGGCAGCUCGACUUUUCUUCCGUCCAAAGCCUGUUAAGUGUUGCGGUGGCCAACGACGAAGACAGUGGCGGCAAGACCACACGGCUGAUUGUCUUUUCAGACGUCAACAGCUACCUCAGCCCGCAAAAGAUACCCGUCGACCUUCCUGUGGCGCCGUCAGUGAUGCCUUUCAAAUAUACCAAGUCUUUGGGAAAACUCGAACUAGAGGCCUUCGGUUGGGCAGAGCUUCAGAUAGUCCCCUGGCUCCGCUGGCUGAUCACCAAUGCAGGAAAUCGGAAUGUUCUUGCUUUGGAUCAAGAUAUCACACAGACACCAUCGUUUUCGGCGCAGGUCAUGCCUAUUCUUUCCAAACAAUGGGAGCCACUGAGUCAGCCCUCCAAACAGACUGUGAUCAACUUGCUGCAACCGCAUACCGUCAUUCCAACAAGGCUCGGCAUGAGACGACCGGCAGAAACCUAUUUCUCGUCCGUGCGACUGUUCGAUGAUUUGCCAGUGGUGCAUGGUCUCAACAGCGUGAAAGAGAAGUUUCUGGCGGCCCUUGGCGUGCGAAAGACGGUCGAGUUGGGUGUAAUCUUUGAGCGCCUUCUAGACACUUCGGAAUCAUCUGGUGGCAGUGACAAAGGAAAAUGGAGCCAUGUUGACCUCGUCCGUUAUCUGGCUUCUGUCCGUGAUGACAUCCCGGCAAAUGAUAUCAAGAGACUCCGGAACACCAGUAUCUGCACCGCUGAGCCAGGCGAUUCCAAAUCGGCUGCUCGCCGGCGCUACAAAAUAUAUGAACUUUUCGAGCCAAAGGAUUCCUUCAGAGCACUCGGAUUACCUGUGCUUGAAUGGCCCACAAGAUACCAGACUAGUAGCAGUGAGGGUAAAUUCUUGGCCAUGCUAGGCUUGAGAAGUUCCCCAUCAGCCGCUGAAAUGGUGCAGAUAAUGGCACAGGCGGCGGCGAAUAAUGACUGGAGCCUCCACGGGAAGGCAAUGUCGUACUACAUCGCCGAGUACCACAAUAACGGCUACGCAGCCUUUGACUGUGCUACCGUCAAUGUUCCAUUUCUACCGGUUGAUGGGGCCGACGGCAUUCUGACUAUUCCAAGCAAAUGUUUCACCGACGAAGGUGCUACCUUGUUUGGAUUACCUAUCUUACGGAGAGACCUUCAUGCCCAUUCUUCCAAACUAGGAGUCAAGCAGCACCCUGCCCUCACAGAGUGCCUAGAUUUCUUGCUUCGUCAACCCCCUUCCACAAAGCGAGAUGCGAGGGUGCUGUUCAAAUACCUGGCUGGGCGCGUCUCUGAGCUCAGCGCGCGUGAUAUAGAUCGUGUUAGCAAUGCACGGAUCGUCCCCAUCUCCCACACGGAAACCAAAGAUUCAAGCCCUCGGCGUGUGGCCCCCAGACUUUGCUAUCUCGGGGAAGGUGAAGAUUAUCGGGAUAUUUUCGACUUUGUCGAUUUUGGACAGGAGGCCAAUCUUUUCCUGAUGGCCGUUGGUUCCAAGCGGGAGCCCACAAAGAUCGAGCUCGCGCAAAUGCUAGUCAAGGAGCCUGCUAGGAUAUCGUCUGCAUUUCAAAGCUCGGAGAAAUACCUCAAACUGCUCGGAACAUUGGCGGAGAACGUAUCGGUGCUGAGGAGGGACCGAGAGCUCUUUAAUGAGAUGAGAAGGUCCGCAUUCCUUCUCGCUAGUCGAGAUGUCUCCUCUCGAACCCAUGAAAAGGACCGAAAAAUCCACGGAUCCGACGAUGAGGACGACGACGAUGAACAAAGCAUCAAAGAAUGGGUGCUGACUCCUGCAAAAGACGCUGUCGUGGUGGAUGAUUUCCAAAGUUUCAGUCUAUUUAAGGAACAUAUCCUAGCGGCACCGCAGGAGGAGGCGCUUGAGAAUUUCUACAUCGCCCUCGGGGCAAUGCCGCUAAGCAGCCUGGUUGAAGAACGUACACAUUGUGGUGCAAUGGUCGCCGACCAGCGGCCAGCGGCCAAAUUAAAGAAACUGGUCAAUGAGCGCUGUCGACUCUUUCUCCAUGAACAGUCUGCCAGCUCUAUCCGCCAUGAUGUUCGAUGGCUGGACAAGAACCUCGAGGUCCAGGUGGCACAUUCCAUCUCGCUCACUCGCUCUCUCCGGGGCCGUCGUAUCUCCCAUACGCAGAAACGCAGUGCCAUCAUCACGCAGCAAACUCGAUCCUGGUGCCUGUGGGUUUGUCCUGGCACAUUCAACAUCUACGAGAUCAGCCAAGCCCUCGUGCAUCUCCUCCUUGUUCGCCCGAAGCUUCACUCGAUCUUGACACUUGAGAUGUUGAUGAAGACCGAUUUAAUGGAGCUCAAGGUGCGUGGAUAUAACGUGGAACGCAUUCUCAAACAGAAGGCCCAGGAAGCACGGAUGGCCGAAGAUCGUCGGCAGAAACAAUUAGAGGAGGAGCGACAACGACUUCAGGAAAGAGAGGCUGCAUGGGCACAGGAACGUCAGUCUCAGUUGCAGAGCGAGGAAAAGCAGCCAUCUUUAAUGCCGGGCGACUUCCCAGACUCUCCGUCCAACAAAGAAGUGGCCGCCGGCCCUAGCGCACCACCGGACAACAGCUCGGAUUCCGACCAACAAGACCGGCGCCCUCGGGGGCUAUUUGCUAACUGGAGCAAACGCCUAGGGCUGGAGGGCGGGCGGUCGAGCUGGAAUCCGCUCAACAGCGAGCCAUCCCAGCCUACGCCUCCGGAAUCUUCGAAUUCGCCCACGCCUCCGCCGCCCCCAUACUCACCGGAAGACCCGCAGAAGUCAUCGCGCCCCGAGGCGCCAGUCACCGUCAGCUCUCCGCACCGUCUACAGAACGAGCUGCUGUCGGCGGUCCAAGCCUGCCGGCCUCACGGAUCGUCGGGGCUCUACAGUCGGCCGGAGACGAACCAGAUCAGCGAAUCCAAGUCCUAUUGUGACGAGCGGCCGAGUCAUGAUUUGGAGUUUGUGGCGACUCUUCCCUGUGGGAUGCAUGUGCUCUUCGUCAAGACCCUGCCCGACCGGUCAAACUUUUUGGCCCAGAAUAGUAGCGGCAUCAACAUGUUCGCCUCGAUCUUGAUCGAUUGCGCCGGAGUCUUUUCCCUGCGCACAAACACUCUCAGCGUCUUCUACGAUCCCGGUGGAAAGACCAUCGCUUUCAACCGGGGUGGCAGCAUCUUCUGCAAUUACUUCUACUUCCAGCAAUUGCACGAGAAAGAGUUGCUCCAGAGCUCGACAGCCGACCGGAGCGACGCCCUGGUGUAUUGGUGGGUGAUUCUCUGUCACGAAUUGGCUCAUAACUUGGUCGGCGAUCACAGCUCUGCUCACAGUUACUACACUGAAGGAUUCGUUGCGCAGUACUUUCCCAAAAUCGCCACCAAGUUGGCCGCUCCAGCCCCCAGCAAUUAG